UGUUUACCAUUUAUGAAAAACAGAUGAUUUUAGUAUUUCAUAUUUAAGAUGCUCAAGAUGCUCGCCUUGCAUACAGAAAUAAACGUUAAUCAACCAAUCAACCUACAAAGCAGUUUCUAGGACUUCGUAGAUCAAUUUCAAUUUCAUGGUUUCCAGUAUAUCUAGAUGUUACAAAUACAUAAUCUAGGAGUUUAAAAUGAGUUUCAAAGACGUGCUGAACUUCAAUAUCGGAGUACUGGGCCAUGUGGAUUCUGGAAAAACAAGCAUCUCAAAGGCUCUGUCUACUAUUGCUUCAACUGCAGCUUUUGAUAAGAAUCCUGAAUCCCGAGAGCGGGGAAUAACCCUAGAUCUAGGGUUUAGUUCCUUCUGUCUGGAUCCCCCCAAACAUAUUGAAGCCAAGGGAUACAAUAAACUUCAGAUCACAUUAGUGGACUGUCCUGGACAUGCCUCCCUCAUCAAAACUAUUAUUGGUGGAGCACAGAUCAUCAAUAUGAUGAUGCUUGUCAUUGACGUCACCAAGGGGAUGCAGACCCAGACCGCGGAGUGUCUUGUUAUUGGACAGAUCACCUCAGAUCGCAUGCUGAUUGUUUUGAAUAAGACGGAUAUGCUUCCUGUUGAAAAACGACAGCUGAUGAUCGAUAAAAUGAAGAAAAAGUUGAGACUAACUCUACAGUCAACUAAGUUUAUAGAUGCGGAAAUUAUAUCUGUAUCUGCUAAACCUGGAGGCCCAGAGUCAAGUUCUGAACCCGAGGGACUAGAGACCCUGAUAAAUACAAUCCGAGCUCAAUCUUACAUUCCGGAGAAGAUAUUAGGAGGUCCUGCUCUCUUCUCAGUAGACCACUGCUUCUCAAUCAAAGGACAAGGAACCGUAAUGACGGGAACAGUUCUCCAGGGAACUAUCAAGGUUGGAGAUACAAUAGAAAUCCCCUCCCUCGGUGUAACCAAGAAGGUGAAAUCUAUCCAGAUGUUCCGGAAAGGAGUGGACCUAGUUACACACGGAGAUAGAGCUGGAGUUUGUGUUACUCAGUUUGAUCCGUCAUUACUUGAACGAGGACUGAUCUGUACUCCGGGUUCUACUCCUAUAUCCUCGGCAGUUAUAAUAGAUCUUAAUGGGAUCCCUUACUUCAAGGGUGAGGUGAAAUCAGGAGCUAAAUUUCACAUCAGCCUGGGACAUGAAACUGUAAUGGCUAAAGUGACGAUAUUUUCUAAAAAAUCCGAAGGAAUAUUCGAUUUUUCCGAGGAGCACAGGUUCGAGGAAGUAUUUUCUAAGGAGGACGGAUCCCUGAGUAGAUUUCUGCUAGUUGAGUUUGAGCGACCUGUUCCUGUUGUUCCUAACUCUAUUCUAAUUGGCUCUAAACUAGACUCAGAUAUUAAUUCAAACCUCUGCCGUUUAGCUUUCCAUGGAACUGUUGUCUGGUUGGCCACAAGUAAGGACUACUUAAAGUCUGAGUUAAAGAAUUUAAAGAUUUACAAGGAGAAGUCUAGAGAGGGUAUAGUUGAACGAGCUUCUAAUGAAUACGAAGUAAUCGUUAAAGAUCUCGUACGGAAGGAAACAAACGUGGAACUGUUUACAGGAUUGAAAGUUCAACUCAGCUCCGGAGAGACAGGAACCAUCGAAGGAACUUUCGGUCAGAGCGGAAAACUUAAAGUGAGAAUUAUGAGUGGGCUGAACCCUGAAACCAUGACUAAAAUAGGAGGAAAGAAAAAGAAAGGCGAACCUGUGAUUGCCUCUGAACCUGUGAUACUAACACUAAACUUUAAACGCUAUAUUUUCGACGAAAAAAAGCGAAUGAUUCAGUCUUAAAGGGAUUAAUUGAUUUGUGGGUCAUGUGCUGUGAUUAUGAUAAAUUUCUCUUGAGAACUUGGAAACCUGAUUUGGUUUAUAUUGUUCAUUUUCAUGGAACCGUGCUAUUUAUGUAUUUUUAUUGUUAUUGUGUUUUUUUUUUAUUUUCCUAAUUUCAGA